CAUGUGUGAUGUUCAGUGUGUUUUCGUUGUGCCGUUGAAUGAUGACCUGCUGUUGUAGUGACCAGAUCGCGGUGGGCUGCGUGUUCCUGCCGCAUGUUGGACCUGAGCCGCAGGUUGACAGCGAGGCGCUCUCCGGUAGUAAACUCGCCGGAGGAAGCGGAUCUGCCUGGAGGACCAGCUGGAGGGAACGGCCUCAUGUCGUCAACGCUGGGCCUGAUGAAAAAGCAGCGUUUGGCCCCCGGGACUCUGUCCUCCGCGUCUCUGAAGAGGAGGCUGCUGAGGAAAAGGAGGAGAGUGGCCCCGGAGGUGCAGCGCUCCGCGGACAGCGAUUGCGAGCCGUGCAGAUGUUCUGACUCUGGCAGCAGUCGCUCUGUUCGGCGGAUUCUGACGGCCUGUGUCUUCUCCUUCCUGGCUCUACUUGGCUCUGUAUCUCCAGACCUCAGCUCCAACUUUGACCUGCUCGAUGCAACGGAGGCCGCGUAUAGCGAACUGACUUCAUGCAGGACCACAGGUCUGAUGCAGCUCGUCAGUGAGCUUCAGAAGAUGAGGCUUUUAUUAGCCAAAGACAUAAGCAAUGAGACACUGGGGUCCGGUUCCCCAGCACUGGAUCACCUCUGUGGUAAAAUGCGCAGGUGGACCAACACUCUGUAUCACCUGAGCUUAUGCAGACUGAUGACGGAGCGGCUGAAUGACUGCUGGUCAGAGAACGUCGACCUCAAAGUAAACCUGAGUCUGGAAGCACAGCCGGUGCAUAUUCUGGACCCAAGUCCGUGGCAGAUCUCUGGAGCAGGAAACAAGCUUCUUUCGGGGUCACACACUGGAAUCCAGGCUCUCAUAAAAACCCAGCAGUGCAUCUUUGAUCGCUCGUCGCUGGCUCUCCGGCUGGCAUCUCGAGCUGUGUCUUCCAGCCUCAGCGUAAGGAUCUGCCUGCUGGCUGUGGCGUGCCUCAUUUAUCCUCUGGUGAUGUUUUCUUUCAAGGAGAUGACAGAGUGGAUCCAGGACUAUGCUCGGAGCUUAAGGGAGAAAACCGAGGAUCUGAAACGCCAGAGGAAGCUGGCUGAAGAUCUGCUGCACCAAAUGCUGCCAAAGUCAGUCGCCAAGCAGCUCAGGAAACGCAAGCAGGUUGAAGCCGAGAGCUAUGAAAGGGUCACCAUAUUUUUCUCAGAUAUUGUGGGCUUCACAUCUAUCUCAGCAUCUUGCACCCCUCUGCAGGUGGUGGAGAUGCUCAACAACCUGUACAUGUGCUUUGACACUCGCAUUGAUUCCUAUGAUGUCUACAAGGUGGAGACAAUCGGAGAUGCCUACAUGGUGGUGAGCGGUCUACCUGAGAGAAACGGUGACAAACACGCAGAUGAGAUUGCCAAGAUGGCGCUGGACCUGUUGGCGGCGGUCAGGCAGGUGUCCAUCCCUCACAUGCCCAACGAGAGGCUGCAGCUCCGAGCUGGCAUUCACACAGGUCCAUGUGUGGCAGGAAUUGUGGGCUACAAGAUGCCGAGAUACUGUUUGUUUGGAGAUACGGUCAACACUGCCUCAAGGAUGGAGUCCACCAGCCUGCCUCAGAAAAUCCACACCACUUCAGAAACCUAUUUGGCUUUGAUGAAGGACAACGCCUAUGAGCUGCAGCUACGUGGAGAGAUCGAGGUUAAGGGCAAAGGCAAAAUGAAUACAUAUUGGCUUGUUGGCCAUAAGAGCUACAGCGUGCAGAAUGACAGUCUGGUUUGCAACUGGAAUCCCAACAUGGCCAGAAAGAAGAAGACGGUGGCUGGCAGUCAGGCCUCUGUAGGGAACUCGUCUGUCACGGUGCAGAGCCUCAGCGACACGCCCGUUUCCCUUCGCUCUUCAGCGCUGAACCAAACGCCCAAGAUGCCUCGGACAGAGAGGCUCAGUCUGAGCGUGGCCGCUCAGAUGGAGCCGUACGGGGGAAGCUACGGGACCCUGGGCUCCAUGAUUGGGGGCCUCCAGGGUGGAGACGAAAGUCCAGUUACCAGCCAGCGGAGUGGGCUCAAACCAGACCUGUUGCCUGGUUCUCACCAGCAAAUGUGACUUUAUCGCUGUUGUGUCCAUUGAAAUGUAAU